AUGUUGACUGACACAUCUACAUCUGCAUACCAGAUCCAGCAUCUCCUUGGCAAGGAAAACUAUCAGACCUGGGCUGUCAAGAUCACUGACAUCUUGACCGACCUCCAGCUCGAAGACUACCCAAAAGGGCAGCUCCUGAAGCGCAGCAGUGUUGUCCCUCCACCCAUCACCAUCACCAUCCCCGAUGGCACCACGACCACCAUCACAUCCUCCAUCACUGUCUCCACUGCAACUGCCAGCAAAUGGGAGCGCAAGGACCGCCAGGCCCUCUCCGCAAUCCGUCUCCGUGUAACCAAUGGUCCGCUGGUUUACAUCACCAACGCAAGCUCGGCAAAGGAGGCAUGGGACGUACUUGAAAAAAUGUACCACCCACGGGUGCCUGCGCAAUUGUCCUCCUUCAUCGGAAACUCCUCCAUCUUGUGGGCGCUGAAGGGGAGACAUUAG